AUGUCAAGCUUCAGUCAGGCUGGUCAAGCACUGCUCACACUACGACAAGUUCUCCCCAACAUCUUUGCAGCCUCCGUACUAAUGCAAACCUCCACACUUACCUAUGCCACGUCAAGGCCCACUUGCAUGCCGCGUCACAGGCGCGUCAAGCAAGUUGUGCCGCGUCAGACCUCACCCGAAUCUCCAUCCGAAAGCAGCAUUUUAUUGCGAUGGAUGCUCAACACAGCAGUCAAAAGCCGUGCCGCCGACUCACAAGAGCAGCAGGAAAGCCACAAGCAAGAAGAAAAUGGCUCCGCUUCACACGCUGCAGGCAAAGGGGCUCUUGCUCGUCUUGGCAAGUAUUGGUAUCAUGUGCGGCUGAUUCAGUCCCAUGAGACUGCUAGUCUCCCUAGUACUGCACGCAACCGAGUGCGCUGGCAGGUGGUUUGGUGGCGCGGUUGCAAAUUCCCAUCCAGUCUCGGAUCACCUCCUAGUGAUGUCGAGCAAGGAGAUCUCGUGGACGAACUCUGGCAGGACCAAUCUAAGAGGCGUGAGAUUCGCUAUUGUGUAGCUCGGAGAAUGGGUCCACUCUUGGAUACCUCUCGCGAAGAAGACUUGAUUCAAAACUUUAUGUCAGCACAACCAUCGAAAGAAUUGGAUGACAUUCUACGACCUCAUAUUGCUUCGCUUCAGAAGCUCCUUGAUAGUCCUGACUUGAGCCAGUGUGGUGCGGAGGCAUAUCCUGUGAUAGACUACAUCUUGCGGUCGGGGAGGAACCUAGAUGGUGUGGGUGCAUACAGCAUACCAUUUUGUGGCGACAUCUCAUCUCACGAGUAUGCAAAAAUCGCAUGUUGGUUUGCUGAGAACAUUCCUGGUGCCUCCAGUCAAUUCGAAAAAUGGCUUGGUGGCAUGCCUUUAGCGCACGCUUUCACUCUCGUUGCUCAUCGAAAGGCUGGUUAUUUCAAAAAACGCGAAUGGAACAAUAGCGCGCUUUUGAAGAUGGCUUGGGAUGAUCUCAUGGUAAGCUAUCCUGCCGACAGUUUCGUGGCUGACGUAGACCUUGAGUGUCUGACCACACUAGAAGCAUGGAUGUUCGAGGAUUCCGAAGAAGCAGGACUUGCAGGCAACUGGCAGUGGAGUUUGGAUGCUGGUCAAUAUCACAGGCGGUGGGACGUAUCAACAUUCCUACUGAGAGGGUUCUGGGCAGAGAUUACAGCGAGAGUGAACUUGAACAAUAACUCUGAUGCCACGUCUGCAGACGAGUUGUCCGACGUUGUAGCUCCUUCGCUGCCGGCUGAAGAAGAUAUUGCGCCCGUGAAACGUCGCCCUUCACUGCCAGCUGAAGAAUGCGCAUCAGUUAAGCGUCGACCGUGCUUCAAAGAGGGUCCAGAGAGGGAGGAAAAGAAAAUAGUCAUUGGCUGA